AUUAAAAAUUCAAAUAUCACUGUAACCGCUUCAAUGUGUUUAUUUACUUACUUGCUCUUGAAACGAAAGACCAAGACAGUAAAAUUUGAAAAAUACUUUUAAUUGAAUAGUGUUUAAGGCUUCUGAUCAGAACUUCUGCAGUUUAAAUUAUUUGAGACCAUUAUCAGUUGUCAGAACUAACUGUAGUGAUGCAACAUUACUAAAAAAAGAGUAGUGGUGUGAUACAUGAUCACCUAUGUGAAAUCAUGAUUUAUUAAUCAAACUGUUUUAAAUUAAUAUUCCUAAAUGAUUUAUCUUAAUUUAGAAACUAUGUGGUCAUUACUAGCAAUCUUUUGCAUCUUGCCAUCGACUAUUUUUGGCCUUGAAUGUUAUGUUUGUGACAGUCAAGAUAGCAAUUAUGACAAGUGUGUUAAAACUAUUAAAACUUGUGAUAUAGCUGAAGAUCGGUGCCUUUCAGAAAUAAGAUGGGGAAGCACUCCAUAUUGGGAUUCAACUGGUAGAAAACAGUUUUAUAUCUCAAAAAGGUGUGCCACUGAAUAUGAGUGCCGAUCAUCUAUUCAUGCUGUUAGCACUCGUUGUGAUAGGAUUUGGUACAAUGAUUGGGAAUGUGUGGAAUGCUGCCAUGGUGAUCGUUGUAACUAUUUUGUCACUCUUUCUGGUGUGAGCAUUAAGCCCUUUGGAUUAUUCUACAUUUUGAUACCAGUUUUAUGGUUAUUUCUCCUCAAAAAAGUCUUUUGAGUCAAGCAAUUGUAAUUUUUUUUUUUUUUUUAAAUGUACUACUACACAUAUUUUUAAAAUGUACAGUUCAUCACACUUUAUUUUUGAGACAUUAACUCAAAUGAUCAUUUAUAGAUAUAUAUUUUCUAUUAAUAUGAUUGGAUGUGUAAAUGUUAAACAUCAUGAAUGUUUUGUAAAACAUUUCGCUGCAUCUUCUCAAAGUUUUUUCUUCUUCGUACUUUUAAAAUUUUUGUGUUAUUUCUAGUUUUACGACAACACUUUCAGUAUUAUGAUUUUCUGUUUUGUAAUAUGUUAAUAUGCAGACUCAUGUAUAGUGAAUAAUGUACAUGACAUGUUACCCUCCAAAUUUUAUUAUAUUCAUCUAUGGUACAAGUAUUGAAUAGUUAGAAUUUUCUUUUUUAGAUCUCUUUAUAACUUAGGCAUUACCAAUAAAUUUUCAGAUCUUCUAUAUAUUUAUUUUUAAUUAUUUAUAUGCUGAUAUGGUAAUUUUUUUAAAAUCAAUUUUUUUUAACUUGAAAUUAAAUAUUGUAAUAUAGCUUUCUACCUUUUGGAAAUAUCUUGCCUAUUUGCCAUGGAUAUUUCAUAGCAACUAGGAAUGUGGCUUAUUAUGUAGAUAUAUCAUUCAAAAGCAUUUUUUGCUUGACAUUUCUUUACAAGGAUCAUAUAUCUGUACUUUAAAAUGGUUGGUUGUGUUAAAACUUUUAGCAUCUUGUUUUAUAAAUUGUGUUCAAACCAAUUGUUUAUAAUUUGUUAUUUUAUUAAGAAAAUAUU